CAUUGGAUGACACUAUUGUGCAAUUGAUAGUAAGCUAUUGUACAUUGGAUGACACUAUUGUGCAAUUGAUAGAACGCUAUUGUACAUUGGAUGACACUAUUUUGCAAUUGAUAGUAAGCUAUUGUACAUUGGAUGACACUAUUGUGCAAUUGAUAGUAAGCUAUUGUACACUGGAUGACACUAUUGUGCAAUUGAUAGUAAGCUAUUGUACAUUGGAUGACACUAUUGUGCAAUUGAUAGUAAGCUAUUGCACAUUGGAUGACACUAUUGUGCAAUUGAUAGUAAGCUAUUGUACAUUGGAUGACACUAUUGUGCAAUUUAUAGUAAGCUAUUGUACACUGGAUGACACUAUUGUGCAAUUGAUAGUAAGCUAUUGUACAUUGGAUGACACUAUUGUGCAAUUGAUAGUAAGCUAUUGUACAUUGGAUGACACUAUUGUGCAAUUGAUAGUAAGCUAUUGUACAUUGGAUGACACUAUUUUGCAAUUGAUAGUACGCUAUUGUACAUUGGAUGACACU